AUGAAUUAAUCUGAUAAAUAAAACGAAGAUCUAUCUGAGAUUUUCGUUUAAGUUAAGGAUAUUGAUGAACAAAUAUACUGCUUGAUAAUUGAAAUACUAAGAAAAGCAAAGAUUUCAGAUUGCAUAGGAUUCCUUUCAAACAUUGAUAAUCAAAAAAAAUUAGAUGAAUAACUCAAGGUGCAUCAGGAUAUAGGAAUAACUAACUUUUAGAAGAUGACUAACAUUAUCUAAUAUAUACAAGAUCAUAACUUUAAUAAAUAUAAUUAUUCAGAGGAAAUCCACAUAGACUUAAAAAAAGACCUGAUAAAAAAUAUAUCUAAAUAGUAGAAGAUAAUCCAAUUUUUUUAAUUUUUAAUUCGCCUCACAGCCUUUGAUUAAACCUUAAUAUAGUGUGGGUCAAAUUCAUUACAUUUAUUAGUUGAGAUGAAGGUUGAACUUGGAAACAAAAAUUUUGAAAAUAUUAAAGUUUACAAUACCUCUUUAGUGGGUGCUAAUUUUGUUAGAUGCAAUUUAAGUGGAUCGUAAUUUGAAAACGUCAACAUAAGUGGAUUGAAUUUGAAUGGCGCUAAACUAUUUAACUGUAAAUGGAAGAACAUUAAAAUACAAAUGUUAAAUAUAUUAAAAGGUCAUACUUAAGCAGUCGUAUCAGUACGUUUUUCUCCAGAUAGUUCUACAUUAGCAUCUUGUAGUAGAGAUAAGUCUAUCCGUUUAUGGGAUGUUAAAACAGGAGAAUAAAAAUCUAAAUUACUUGGUCAUACUGAUACUGUCUAUUCAGUCUGCUUUUCUCCUGAUGGUAAUACAUUAGCAUCUGGUAGUUAAGAUAAGUCUAUUCGUUUAUGGGAUGUUUAAACAAGAAAAAAAAUAGCGAAAUUGGUUGGUCAUACUCAAGGAGUCCGUUUGAUUUGUUUCUCUCCUGAUGGUACUACAGUCGCAUCUGGUAGUGAUGAUAAGUCUAUCCGUUUAUGGGAUACUAAAACAGGAGAAUAAAAAUCUAAAUUACUUGGUCAUACUGUUACUGUCUAUUCAGUCUGCUUUUCUCCAGAUAGUUCUACAUUAGCAUCUGGUAGUUAUGAGUCUAUCCGUUUAUGGGAUACUAAAACAGGAGAAUAAAUAUCUAAAGUAAAUGGCCAUUCAAGUCAAGCCUCUCCAGUUUGUUUCUCUCCUGAUGGCACUAUAUUAGCAUCUGGUAGUUAUGAUAGAUGUAUCUGGUUAUGGGAUGUUAAAACAGGAGAAUAAAUAUCUAAAUUAAAUGGCCAUUCAGGUUCUGUAUCUUCAGUUUGUUUUUCUCCUGAUAGUUCUACUUUAGCAUCUGGGGAUAUUAAACACUCUAUCAGGAUAUGGGAUGUUAAAACAGGAUUAUAAAAAUUCAAAUUAAAUGGGCAUACUAGUUCGGUCUUUUCAGUAUGUUUCUCUCCUGAUGGUACUAUAUUAGCAUCUGGUAGUUUGGAUAUGUCUAUCCGUUUAUGGGAUGUUAAAAUAGGGACAUAAAAAUUUAAAUUAGAUGGGCAUAAUAAAUUGGUCAAAUCAGUUUGUUUCUCUCCUGAUGGUACUACAUUAGCAUCUGGUAGUAAAGAUGAGUCUAUCCGUUUAUGGGAUACUAAAACAGGAGAAUAAAAAUCUAAAUUACAUGGUCAUACUAAUGCUGUUUAUUCAGUCUGUUUUUCUCUAGAUAAUUCUACAUUAGCAUCUGGUAGUGAUGAUAAGUCUAUCCGUUUAUGGGAUACUAAAACAGGAGAAUAAAAAUCUAAAUUACUUGGUCAUACUAAUACUAUCUAUUCAGUCUGCUUUUCUCCAGAUAGUUCUACAUUAGCAUCUUGUAGUAGAGAUAAGUCAAUCCGUUUAUGGGAUGUUAAAACAGGAGAAUAAAAAUCUAAAUUAGAUGGUCAUACUAGUACUGUCUAUUCAGUAUGUUUCUCUCCUGAUGGUAAUACAUUAGCAUCUGGUAGCGAUGAUAUGUCUAUCAGAAUAUGGGAUGUCAAAACAGGAAAAUAAAAAUCCAAAUGGGAUGGCCAUUUUUCUUAUGUCAAUUCAAUAUGUUUCUCUCCUGAUGGUACUCUUUUAUCAUCUGGUAGUAGAGAAAAAGCUAUCCGUUUAUGGGAUGCUAAAACAGGAAAAUUAAAAUUCAAAUUGAAUGGUCAUUCAGAUUGCGUCCUAUCAGUCUGUUUCUCACCUGAUGGUACUUUGGCAUCUGGUAGCAGAGAUAAGUCUAUCCGUUUGUGGAAUAUUAAAACAGGAAAAUAAAAAUAUAAAUUGGAUGGUCAUUUUUCUUCUGUCAAUUCUUUAAGUUUCUCUACUGAUGGUAAAAUAUUGGCAUCUGGUAGUAGUGAUAAGUCUAUAAGUUUGUGGGAUGUUAAAACUGGCAAAUAAAAAUAUAAAUUGGAUGGUCAUUUUUCUUCAGUCAAUUCAGUAUGUUUCUCUCCUAAUGGUAUUAAAUUAGCAUCUGGUAGUGAUGAUAACUCUAUUCAUUUGUGGGAUGUUAAAACAGGAAUGAAACAAUACUCAUUAGAGGGUCAUAGCUAAACAGUCCGAUCAGUCUGUUUCUCACCUGAUGGAGCUACAUUAGUUUCUGGGGGUUAAGACCACUCUAUCAGGUUAUGGGAUGUUAAAACAGGAUUAUAAAAAUUCAAAUUAAAUGGUCAUACUAGUUGGGUCUAAUCAGUAUGUUUCUCUCUUGAUGGUACGUCAUUAGCAUCUGGUAGUUUGGAUACGUCUAUCCGUUUAUGGGAUGUUAAAACAGGAUAAUAAAAAUUUUAAUUAUGUGGUCAUACUAAUGAUGUCAUUUCAGUCUGCUUCUCUCCUGAUGGUAAAACGUUAGCAUCUGGUAGUGGCAAUAGAAAUCCUUUAAAGUCGAGAGACAAUUCCAUACGUAUAUGGGAUGCUAAAACUGGAAAAUAAAAAUUGAUAUUAGAUGGGCAUAAUAGUUGGGUCUAAUCAGUAUGUUUCUCUCCUGAUGGUACUUCAUUAGCGUCUGGUAGCAGUGAUAAAUCUAUCUGUCUAUGGGAUGUCUAAACAGGAUAAUAAAAAGUCAAAUUAGAUGGUCAUAGUAGUUGGGUUUAAUCAGUGUGUUUCUCUCCUGAUGGUUAUACAUUAGCUUCUGGUAGUCAUGAUUAGUCUAUCCGUCUAUGGGAUGUCAAAACAGGAUAAUAAAAAGCCAUAUUAGAUGGUCAUAGUAAUGAAGUCAUUUCAGUCUGUUUCUCUCCUGAUGGUAAUACAUUGGCAUCUGGUAGCAGUGAUGACUCUAUCCGUUUAUGGGAUGUUAAAACAACAAAAGAGAUUUAAUUUACAGAUAAUAGUUAUUAAGAUAUGUAAUCAUAAUUUGAAAGCAAUUUUAUUCGAGAAAGUUGUAAGUAUUUUUAAUUUUUAUUUAGAAAAUAUCAAUUUUACUAUUCUCCUCAUAUCGAAAUAAUAGUUAUUUUAAGCAUAAGGAGCUUUAAUUUAUAAAGGAGAGUUUGUGAAUUAAUCAGGAAUUGAUUUAAAAGCAUUAUUUAAACAAUUAGGAAGUAUAAUUUUGGAUAAGUAUGAAGAAUUACAAUAAAAUUGA